AUGGAUGAUGUCUUCACGGUCAUUCUCUGUGGGAAUAGGUUCGAACCUCAGUCGAAACUCAGCUAUAAAAAAAAAAAUCAUUUUUUGUUGCGUGUUUUCCUUGACGCUACUCAUCAGUGUACGAUCUUUGGCAUAAGUACAGGAUUAUAUAAAAAGUUUUUCCUUUUUUUUUUCUUCUUUUUUUCUCUCUCUUUUUUUCUCUCUCUCUCUUUUUCUCUCUCUCUCUUUUUCUCUCUCUCUCUUUUUUUCUUUUUUCUCUUCUUUUUUUUUUUUUUUUUCUCUCUUUUUUUUUCUUUUUUUUCUUUUUUUUCUCUCUCUCUAUUUUUUCUCUCUAUUUUUGUCUCUCUUUUCUCUCUUUUUUUCUCAUAUUAUUAUCGGCUUUUAUAUUUUCUUGAUUCUCUUUUUCUUGCUUUUCUUGUUUCUCUUUUUCAUUUUUGCUUUUUCUUUUUGUUUCUCUUUUUUUUCAUUUUCGCUUUUUCACUUUCUCAUUCUCGCUUUUUCACUCUCUUUCUCUUUCUCAUUCUCGCUUUUUCACUUUCGCUUUUUCUCUUUCUCAUUCUCGCUUUUUCUCUUUCUCAUUCUCGCUUUUUCUCUUUCUCAUUCUCGCUUUUUCUCUUUCUCAUUCUCGCUUUUUCUCUUUCUCAUUCUCGCUUUUUCUCUUUCUCCUUUUUUUUCUUUCUCUUUCUCGCUUUUUUUUUUCUUUCUCUUUUUUCUUUCUCAUUUUUUUUUUUCUCUUUUUCUUUUUCUCUUUUCUCAUUUUCUCAUUCUCGCUUUUUCACUUUCGCUUUUUCUCAUUCUCGCUUUUUCUCAUUCUCGCUUUUUUUCUCAUUUUCGCUUUUUUCUCUUUGUUUUUUUUUUUCUCUUUGUCGCUUUUUUUCUCUUUGUCGCUUUUUCUCUUUGUCGCUUUUUCUCUUUCUCGCCUUUUCUCUUUCUCGCCUUUUCUCUUUCUCUCUUUUUCUCCUUUUAUCUUUCUCAUUUUCUCAUUCUCGAUUUCUCACUUUCGCUUUUUCUCUUUCUCGCUUUUUCUCUUUCUCGCUUUUUCUCUUUCUCGCUUUUUCUCUUUCUCGCUUUUUCUCUUUCUCGCUUUUUCUUUUUUUCUCUCUCUCUCCCACUUUCUUUCUUUCUCUCUCUCUCCCACUUUCUUUCUUUCUCUCUCUCUCCCACUUUCUUUCUUUCUCUCUUCUCUCUUUCUUUUCUCUCUCUUUCUUUCUUUCUCUCUCUCCCACUUUCUUUCUUUCUCUCUCUCCCCUUUCUUUCUUUUUUUCUCUCUUUUCUCUCUCCCUCUCUCUUUCUUUCUUUCUUUCUUUCUCUCUCUCUCCCACUUUCUUUCUUUCUCUCUCUCUCCCACUUUCUUUCUUUCUCUCUCUCUCCCACUCUCUCUCCUAA